AUGCUUCAAGUUCUCAUUCCCUCUCAUCGAAGACCACCUGAACAACCUCGUCCCCGCCAUUGUACGCGAUUCCCCGAAGAGCGCCAGGAACUCGCGACAAUGCUGAUCCCCAAGGCCGACCGCAAGAAGAUCCACGAGUAUCUCUUCCGUGAGGGAGUGCUCGUGGCCCAGAAAGACUACAACCUGCCCAAGCACCGAGAGCUUGACACAAAGAAUCUCUACGUGAUCAAAGCCUGCCAAUCCUUGACCUCGCGCGGCUACCUCAAAACCCAGUUCUCCUGGCAAUGGUAUUACUACACCCUCACGCCUGAAGGUCUCGACUACCUCCGAGAAUGGCUUCAUCUGCCCGCCGAGAUUGUGCCAGCAACCCACAUCAAGCAACAACGUUCUCACGCUCCUCCUCGUGGCAUGAUGGGUGGUGAUGAUCGUGAGAGACGCCCUGGUGGCGGACGUGGUGGGCCGAGAGGCGAUCGAGAAGGCGGCUACAGACGCCGUGAUGCGGGUGAGGGUAAGGAGGGUGGUGCGCCUGGAGAGUUUGCGCCGACGUUCCGUGGUGGAUUUGGCCGAGGUCGUGGCAAUCCUGCGCCUCCUUCUUAG